ACAUCAAAACAAUUCAGUACAUUUAAAAAAUCACGACGGUCUUUUGAAAAUCAGGACAAAUCCUGAUUUAUCAGGACAUCUGGCACCUCUGAUGACAGCUGACGGUCAUGACACGCAGUUUGGAAAAGAAGAAGAGAAGAAAAAGAAAUUAUUUGAAAACGAUUUGCUGGUGAAAUUGCAGCCGCAGCAAUUUCGGGAAGGAUUUCGGUUCAACGUACCAGAAAGCAGGUACAUCGGGUGCCGGACUCAGUGCAACCCAGCAGUUAGGCUGAAAAAAAAACAGUUUUUCAGUGUCGGCGAUGCUGCUUUCUUUUGCAGCUCAAGUACGCCGCCGGGGGGAUUUCCCUCGUGGGUGGCGCUAUGGCACCGCAGAGAUUUCGGACCCUGUAGACAUAAAUUGUUUACUUCAUUCACCAUGUAACUACGGAAGCUGGGUCAAAGAAUUAAAGAAAAACAAUCCCUUCAUGCCUUAAAAGUAAGUUUAAAUAUAAAAAUAAAUAAAAAUGUAU